CACCUGUAUUACCAGUUAAUAAUUAUCUGAUGUCAUACUCCUUCCAGGUGUCAGUGGAGAAACUCUCUCUAUGUUCUCCAGAGUGGGAGAUGAUGUCAGUCUGCCGUGUAACAAUGUGGUUUAUCCAAACUGCUCCUCUACUACAUGGAUCUAUAACAUAGCUGGAUCUAAUGGUACUAUUGAAGAGGUCACAUUGGGGAAGAUCAAAGUUUACCAGACAGAGAGAGCAGACAGACUGAGUUUAGGGUCUAACUGUUCUCUACAUGUUAGUAAUGUCAGAGCUGAAGAUGUUGGACUCUACACCUGUCGACAGUUCCUUACAGAGACUGGACCACGACAUGGAGGUGAUGCUCCAGUUCAUCUGUCUGUUCUAACUAGUGAGUAUUACUGUUUAAAUCAGAUCUCCUCUACCACACCAGUGACAGAUCUGAAGCCUAAUGUAAAUAUGACAUUACGAUGUUCUCUGCUCACCUAUACUGGACAUGGAACGUGCCGGUCAAGAUUUAGUCUCAGCUGGGUCCCUAAAAUAGGUACUAAUGCCCAGGUCACACAGGAUUCUUCCUGUGACAUCACUCUGACUGUGACACUCCAGAAGAAGGACAACAACAGGAAGUGGACGUGCACGCUGACUGGAAAGGGAAACAUGAAGAUCUCCAUUGACUUCACCUCCACAUUCUCAGAUAUUGAAGAAAAGACCACUGAUAGUGAUGAUGUCAUCUCUACUGUCCCAGGUACCAGUAAUGCUGUUAAGUUGCCCAUCAGUCACAUCAUGCUCUUUGUGACACUGACCAUCAUGGCUGCCAUAGUCUCUAUUCACACAAGGAGGAUCCGCCCACCCAAGGCUCUGCCCCCACAAACAGAAGAAGCCUCUGGUAUGGAGAUUCAUGUCCUGGAGGAAUGA